CGCUACAGGCAGGCAGCACGUGUCGGGCUGCUGGCACUGGUGUCACAGGCCGUAGUGAUGUACCCGAGCUGUCCACUGCCCCCCCCUCCCGCCCCCACCUCCCGCCCCCCCUGUCAGUUCCUGGCGCCUGAGAAGCUGCGCGGUGUGGGCGGACUGCUGCUGGCGCCUGGGUCCGCAGCCCGCUUUGCCAACGAGCUGGGCCGGCGCGACCAGGUGGCGGGCGCCAUGGCGGAGCUGCCGGGCCGCACCGCCUGGCUGCUGCUGGGCGCGGCGGCGGCGGCCGAGUACGGCAGCGGGGCACUGGGGUUUUACUGCAGCAAGGGCCUCAUGACCAAGGCAGAGCUACCUUCAAGGAACCAAUGACGUUAACAUUGCACUUAGAUGAUAUGUAGCUAAUGCAAUGUAUGCAAAUCUCUUGCCGCGAAAGUCGGGCAGGCUCAUUCGGGGGCCUCGCUAGCUCUUGGACGGAGGACUGUGGGUAACUGGACGCCUGAUGAGGGUGACGGAGGAGUGGGUGACAUGUGCGCGGACAAGCGACGUGCCUAUAGGCUAAUAGGAUGCGUUAUCGUGUUGUGUGGGUGACAGGGAGUGCUGGGUGGAGUGCAGAGAUGGGACGAAUUCGUG